GUGUAAAAGGAGAGGGUGCCACAAGGGCCAUAAAAGACUCUUUAGAGACCACUCCUCUCUUGUUUUCAUCUAGCACUUACUGACUCUCCAGUCAAGCAGGGGAGCACACUCAAUCAGCACCAGUACGGCACUGACCGCGGAACACACAACAACACACACGCAGACACACAUGGAUUAUUACUGCAUGCUGCUGCUGUGGACCUGGAGUCUUCUGCCAGGUCUUCACUACUGCUUUAACUUUGAUACAAAGAACUACAAGCUCAUCCCUGGCUCUAAGGACACCCAGUUUGGCUACACUGUCCAGCAACAUGAAGCAGGAGGGCGCCAGUGGCUGCUGGUUGGAGCUCCGUUUGAGUCCACUGGUGACCAGCAGACAGGUGAUGUGUACAAAUGUCCUCUAGACACCAGAGACACUACCAACUGCUCCAGACUCAACCUGGGGAAGGUUUCCCUUGAUAACGUGUCUGAACGGAAGGACAAGAUGAGGUUGGGAAUGACUCUGGCCUCCAACCCUAAAGACAACAGCUUUGUGGCCUGUGGCCCUCUCUGGUCUCAUGAAUGUGGCAGCUCCUUCUACAGUACAGGGAUCUGCUCCAGAGUCAGCCGAAAUUUCAAGUCCUCCUAUACCAUUGCUCCAGCCCUGCAGAGAUGUGAAACCUUCAUGGACAUAGUGAUAGUUCUUGAUGGCUCUAACUCUAUCUACCCAUGGUAUGAAGUUCAAGAGUUCCUCAUCAAUAUUCUACACAAGUUCUAUAUCGGCCCAGGUCAGACUCAGGUGGGAGUAGUUCAGUAUGGCUCCAGGGUGGUCCACGAGUUUGCCCUGAAAGACUUCCACUCAGUGGAAGAGGUGGUGGGUGCAGCCAGGGAAAUCCACCAGAGGGGAGGAGAGGAAACACGUACAGCAUUAGGCAUCAACGUGGCACGAUCAGAGGCAUUCAAAAGAGGAGGUCGCAAAGAUGCAAAGAAGGUGAUGAUUGUGAUCACAGAUGGAGAAUCUCAUGACAACCCAGACCUGUUUCAGGCCGUGGGUGACAGCAAGAGAGAUAACAUCACCAUGUACGCCAUUGCUGUCCUGGGCUACUAUAACCGCCGUAACAUUAACCCUGAGGACUUCUUAAAGGAGAUCAAAUUCAUAGCUAGCGACCCUGAUGAGAAUCACUUCUUCAAUGUGACAGAUGAGUCUGCUCUGAAGGACAUUGUGGAUGCCCUGGGAGAGAGAAUCUUCUCUCUAGAAGGAACCAAGAGCCAGGGGCGAGAGUUUGGUCUGCAGAUGGCCCAGGCUGGCUUCUCCUCCCACAUAGUACAGGAUGGUGUUCUUCUGGGGGCUGUCGGGGCCUAUGACUGGAACGGGGCAGUGCUGAAAGAGACACGCCAUGGGAGUGUGGUCCCGCCAAAAUCCUCCUACAAGGAAGAGUUUCCAGAGGAGCUGAAGAACCACGGGGCCUACCUGGGUUACGCUGUGAAUUCUGUGGUGUUGUCCAAGAGCAGGCACCUCUAUGUAGCGGGAGCCCCGCGGUUCAACCACACCGGCAAGGUCAUCAUCUUCACCCUGAAGAACAACAGAAACCUCACCAUCCUCCACUCCUUACUAGGACAACAGAUUGGGUCCUACUUUGGCAGUGAGCUGUCCUCUGUGGACGUUGAUGGAGACGGACGUACAGACAUCCUAUUAGUGGCGGCACCCAUGUUCUACAGCGGCGGCUGGGAGAAGGGCCAGGUCUACAUCUAUACUGUGACACCACUGAACUCUUUCAUUCUGGAUGGAGUGCUGGAAGUGCCUGAGCGGUCUGAGAACGCUCGUCUGGGCUCGGCUCUGGCCCACAUACCUGAUAUGAACGGGGACGGUUUCAGGGAGCUGGUAGUGGGCGCGCCACUGGAGGAUGACCACCAGGGGGCAAUUUACAUCUUCCAUGGCACGAACAACAGCAUCCAGCACAAAUACAAACAGAGGAUCUCUGCAGCAGGUCUGUCUGCAGGUCUGCAGUAUUUUGGUCGUAGUGUCCAUGGUGUUCUGGACAUUAACAGAGACGGGUUGGUAGACCUGGCUGUUGGAGCCCUGGGGUCGGCAGCUAUCAUCUGGUCUCGUGGUGUGGUGCGUAUUCAAGCCAAACUGACCUUUGAACCUGAGAAGGUCAACGUUUUCAACAAGGACUGCUGGCGCGGGGGUAAAGAAGUCAGCUGCAUGUCUGCGAUAGUCUGCCUGAGUGUGAACUUCAAGACGGGCUCUGGGAGGAGAGCAGUGGCUGUGUGGCAUAAUCUGGUGUUUGAUGAGAGACGGUUUCCUCCAAGAGCAGUUCUGGAUGAAGCAGACAGGCAGCAGGUCAGGAGCUUUUCUUUGAGGCCUGGGGAGGAGCGCUGCCGACGUCUGAGCUUCUAUGUCCAGGAGACGACAGAUUAUGGGCGCCCCAUAGUUGUCAUCGUAGAGACGGGGCUGCAGAGCCCAGAUGAGGGUCCAGUGUUGGAUGAGAACUGGCCCACCACCCUGAGGACAGAGCUUCCCUUCUGGAAUGGAUGUGAACAGGAAGAGAGCUGUGUUCCUGACCUCAUUCUUCACGGUCACACUGACCUCCUGGAAAUUAGGAGCUUCUGUGGAACAAGGGAAGGAGCCAGCUGGGCCAUUUGCCACCGUCAGGGGCCAUCAGUGGCCUCAGUGUGUGUAGUUGAGGCCAACAGGAAGAGGGUGGUGGUGUUUGCACGCCUAGAGAACAGGGGAGAGAAUGCCUACGGCACCACUAUCAACAUCUCCCACUCCUCCAAUCUCCUCUUUUCCAGCCUCAUAGUCAAGGACCAGUCAGAUAUUCAGAUCGAGUGUCACUCGAAGGACAGGCUGGCCAAUCAAAGGACUUGUAACAUCAGCAAUCCGUUCAUGAGGUCCUUGACCCAGGUGUCUUUCCAUCUGGAGUUUGAGUUCAGUCGUUCUGUCUUCCUGGAUCACAUACGUAUUAUCAUGGAGACCAGUAGCCAAGGGGAAGAGGGAUACCCAGAGGACAACAUCAGUGAUGUCUACCUCCCUCUGAAAUACCAAGCCAAACUCCUCUUCACAAGAGACCCAAACCCUCCUCGCUUUGAAAUCGGAACAGACUCCUCCUCUUCCUCCCGGAGCCACCCAGAUGACAGUGGAAUGGCUUUUAACCUCACAUACAAUAUCCAAAAUCUGGGUGUCUUCACAGUACCAGAUGUCCUGUUCCAAGCCGAUAUCUGGGCCAUAACUAAGGCGGGUAACCAACUGAUCAACAUCACAGACUACAGCAUUGAUCAGCCAUCUGUUGGCUCUCACUGCAUCCUGCCAAGCCAGAGGGCCUCAAACAAGGUCACGACUGAAGACCUGUCUCACCUAUCCCAGCUGAACCACACUAACAGUGGCAGCAUGGUGGUGCAGUGCACGCUGACCCUGCCGGCUCAUACGAAGGUUGAGGUGACGCUCAGCGGAAGGCUGCAGCAGCAUGCUGUGCUUGCUGUGAGGUUCAGAUCUUUGGCUGUGGUGACGGCUGCCUCCAUCCAGCUGGGACCAUCCAGCCACAUGUUCUUACAGGAAGACAAGCCUGUCAGACAGGUGAUGCUGGAGAUGAGGAGGGAAGAGGAUUACAGUGUUCCAAUCUGGAUUAUGCUAGGAAGCACACUGGGAGGCCUGGUACUGCUGGGCUUGCUGGUCCUGGUGCUGUGGAAGCUAGGCUUCUUCAAAAGACAGAGACAACAGAAGGAGGAAGAGCAGCCGGUGGCUAAUGGCAAAGCAGCAGAGGAGCUAUAAAUGUGCCUGCAAUGUGGACAUCACUGAGACAAUGCACACAAUACUCAGGGAAACUGAAAUCCCAGCUGAGACAGCCAGGCAACCAGCCAACCAAGCAAGCAGCCAGCUAACAACAGCCUGCCAGGCAGUCGCCUGGCCAACCGACGAGUCAGACACACUCACAGCUUCUGACCCGGUACCUGGGAUGUGCUUCAGGAGUAUUGCCUUGCAAAAUGUUUUGACAGCGAGAACAGGGUCCAGAACAGUGUGUUCUGACCCAGUAAAAAAAACUAUCUAAAUAUUCGAGCUGAAUCUGCCACCAGUACCAAAAUCAACAUUCUCGUUAUAUCAGGAGUCUUGUAAUCUUGUGGUAUAAACCUCUCAUACUUCCAGCUGUGCCUGCUUACAUUUCAAUCAUAAGGACACGACGCACCCCGGGGAAAACUCCCAUAUACCAGCAAUUUCACUAUGAUUUAUAUUCUAAAGCUACAACUAUCAUAAAGUAUGUGUCUGGCAAUGGAUUUCAUUUCUUAGUAGUUUGUUUUUUCAAGGAAAAAGAAUCCAUCCUCUUCAGGAAUCCAUCAUUCUGAAUGUUCUUCUCAAUACCUUUUUGUUCUUCCCUUCUGCACCCAAAUCUAAACCCAAAUAUUAAAACUGACUAUUUUGUUAAUGGAGUUGCAUUUUCAGCCCUCUGCUUUGCCCUGUUGUCUACAGUGGUGGGUCCAGACAUAUUAGUAGUCCUGUGGUAACACUGCCAGGGAGAGGGGGGUCCCGUUCCUGCUUGGUUCAACUCAUACAGAAAAAUAUCAACAAUACCAACCCAUGGUGCUAAGAUGUGCUGUAGAUAAAAGCCACCUCUAAAUAAAAGGUGUUUUUUUUUGUUUUUUGUUUUUUUUUACAAGAGUUGCCUUUCACAGACCUGUGGAGCUCGGGAAUCAUUACAGUACAGCAGCAUUAUUGUUCCCACCUCACUAAGCCUGUACUUUGAUUUACCCAUAAGCUUAUUUGGGCAAAUUUCAUCUUCCCUAUGUUAUUUGACUAUGAAAUAAAGCUACAUUUGGAGUAAACACAAUUUUUGUGAAAACCACCCCAACAGAGUUGAUGUUUCUAUUGUAGUUUCUCAUCCAUCAUCAUUGAGAUUUGUUAAUGAGACUGAAAGAAACCCUGGUAUGGAUUGUAACCAGUAAUGUGUGAUAUAUGUAAAUAAGAGAGAGCUUUAUUCUUCCAGAACAACAAGGCUCAUAACAGAUGACUACCUAGCAUGGCUGUUUUUUAUGUUUGUUUUUUUUGUAAUGAAAAAAAUAAGUGCAUCUUAUAUAAAUAAUGUAUAUUAACUGCAAUUAUAGAGCUGAUGCACUUUUGUUGUAUAGAGACAAACUUGAGCUUUUUUUGUAAAUAUACAACUGUAUGUAUGAAAUUUGUUAAUAGGGAUAGUGGCAUUAUUGUGGGAUGAAAAACAGUUUCUAUGGCAACUAUGCUAUGUGAUGCACAAUAACAAGACACCAACUUGCGGUGUUGAGUCCACCCUGUGGAUGUUCCCUAGAAAACGGGAUCUGAGAGAAAAUAACUGUGGAGCUGUCAAGCCUCAUUAAACCAUGAAUUUAG